AGUGCAAAGCUUCAUUUGCUUUCAAAUACAAACCCAAGAGGAUACUACUCUCCUUUUGAUUCACCAUGGCAUUGUCCACCGCUGCUUCAACUACCACUUUGAUCCAACAGAGUACAACUACUUCGAUCCAACAACGUCCCACUUUGUCCAACCCAUUUGAUCUUAGUGACGAUCAGAUCCUCGACAUAGUUCAUCUGCCCCACCUCAAUGACGAUGAACCUUGCGAUCCCAACCUCUACAACCUCGUCUCCAACAUUGUCCUUCGGAGUCAAUCCUCGAUUAUCUCCGCAGCCAGUUUCAAACCAGAAUUCUCCACUCUCAAGCUGAUUUCUUGCCAGAUGAUAUCGACACCCAAUGCUGCGCAUUGCGUGCACCAAACAACAAAGUGGAUUCUCCAACAUCUGAAAUGCUACUCGUGGGAUGCGAAAGCACUGAUAACUAUCGCUGCUCUGUCUUUGGAGUACGGGAGUUUGGUGCACCUUUCUCAGUUUCAAACUAACGAUGUGCUGGGAAGCUCAUUGAGACAGCUGAAUCAAGUUCAGAGCAGGAACGUGUCUGCUGAUCUUACCGAACUGGUGACCUACAUAGUGCAAGUGUUUCAGCACAUUAAAGAGUGGGCAACGUAUUCUGCUGAAGGUUAUGAUCCCGACGAAGUCCCUUCCUUGACAGAGGCCUUUCUAGCCAUCCCUGUUGUUGUAUACUGGAUAAUUGCUGCCACUGUUGCUUCUACCGGCAACCUUGUUGGUGUAUCGAGCUAUAAGUUAUCAGAAUAUAGAGUGAGGCUUGCUGCUGCUGUUAAGGAAUUGAUAACGCAUCUCACAAAAUGCAGUCAGCAAAUAGGCUAUGUACAAAAUUCCAUUGAUGUCAUGAAAGACUUUGACAAGGCUAAAUCUAUUGUGGGAAAAUUGAAGGCUCUGAUCUACCCACGAAGUGGAACUCAGAAUCUCAAUCCCAAGAUAUUUGAAGGGAGCUUCCUGGUUAAAGAGAGCAUUGAAGUGUUCAAGCAGAAAAAUGUGUUGGUCUUUAUCUCGGGCCUCUACAGCGUUGAGGAUGAGAUUUCGCUUCUGAACUCAAUCCACGACAGAUUGCAAGAAGAACCAAAAGAAGUGAAAAAUUUCAACAAAGAAGAAUUCAAGAUUUUGUGGAUCCCCAUUGUGGACGAGUGGAACGAUGGGCGUAAGGAACAGUUCAAAUCUUUGAAGAGUAUCAUCAAAUUUUAUGCAGUGGAAUACUUCUCUGAGUUACCAGGCUUCAAGAUAAUAAAAGAAAGAUUGAAUUUUGAGAAACAGCCUAUUGCCCCGUUGUUCACCCAAGGAGGUACCAUAUUGAAUGAAAAUGCCCUUGAAGUCAUCUUUGAAUGGGGCAUAGAGGCCUUCCCUUUCAGGAAAAUUGAUGGUGAUGAUCUUAAUCAAAAAUGGAAGUGGCUUUGGGAUUUACUCGUUAAAGCAACACCAGGACUGCAGGUUAAAAAGGACAGAUACAUCUUUGUGUAUGGAGGCACCAAUAACACGUGGAUCCAAAGCUUCACACACGAAGUGUCACAGCUGAAAAGGAAUGAAAGCAUCCAGCGUGCAGAUGUUAUAAUAGAUUACUAUCUACUUGGGAAGGGUGAAGCCAACACUGUUCCGAGCUUCUGGUUUGGCGUAGAAAGGAAGAAACAGAACAAGAAGCAUCAAGAAACAAUUGACUGCGAGAUUCAGAAAAUAGUGAAGUGCCUGUUUUGUCUGAAACGGGAUCCACAAGGAUGGGCUAUUCUGAGCAAAGGGCAUAACAUAAAGUUCCUUUGCCAUGGCCAGGCUCUUUAUCAGACCCUGGUAGAGUUCCAAAACUGGAAAGGAAAAGUGUUGAACGAUGGAUUCGACAUUGCCUUCAAAGAGUACUACGAUGUGAAGGAGAAAGAGAUAUCUGCUACUCAACCAUGUGAAUUUAUCAAUGUUGGCUAUACUUCAAGUGUCAUAGCUACCAUAACAUGCCCAAAUCCCUCUUGUGGCCGCGUCAUGGAGGUGUCUUCUGUUAACUACAAGUGCUGCCAUCGUGAUGAUGCUAUAAACUGUUGAGUCAAGUGAAAGAGCCCCAGUUUGCUUUUUGUUCAACUUUUCAACUUCUGCUUCCGUUUUGGUGUGUUUACUAUAUAUGCAUCACGGUGUGAUAUCAUAUAUAUCCACCUGCUUUCACCUUCAAUGGCUACACAUAGAAUAAGACUUUCUCUUUUAUACGUUCCUCUGUUUUUGAAUUUCUCCAUUGAAUAAAAUUAUAAAUCAUACAUGCAUGCGUACAAGUUUAACAA